CAGUGAGUGACUUCGAAGAAACGGUUCCGUGUGUGGCGUAGUUUUAUAAUCCUCCAAUCAAAGUUGAAAACUAGCAGAAUUAAAGUUUUAAUUUUCCUCGCAUGUGACUGAUUGAUACGGUUUACAGUUCGAAACAAAAGGAUUAGAUAAUGAAAAUGGAGCUCGCUGCCCGUCCUGGUUGAGCCUUUAAUUCUGUGCUGGAGUAAUUUUCACGGAAUGGUGAUUUGUUUUUGUUCCUGCCCUUCGGUUGUGAGAAAUCUAUCAGCAGCAGCAGAAUAACACACAAUGGCGACUUGAGCUGUGUGCUGGCUGGCUACGGGUUCGAAGUGUAUUGACAAUUUAUUAUUAUUUUUCGCUACGAGCAGCAUUUCGCAGUGGUUCGGGUUAAUUAAUUUGUGUCUGCGAUUCGGAAAGUGGAAAAUUUUCAGUGGUGAUUCGAAAUUUACGGAUUGUGUCGACGGAGCAGUAAUUGGAUUAGCAGCUUUAAGUGAUUGUUUUUUUUUCUUCACCAUUUGCAAACGCUCAGCUGGUUUGCUUUUGUGGCAGCACCAGCUCAACUGCACAGGAUUCUUUAUUCCGCGAACGGUAGAAUCGUCAUCCGAUUGAACGAAGCACACUGUCGUAGUAGUUGAGCUUUACGUGAUUCCAGCUAAGAUUUCUGUUAGAUCGAUACGGAUCACUUCAACGCACCGGUGGAGAGGAUCGCCAGUUACAGCUGGCUGGCAAACACCGUAGACGUAUCGGUACAGUCGCAAAAUGCUAAGCUUGUGCUUGCUCCUCCCAGUCGGUAGUGAUAAGCAAUGAGGAGUAGUGACUCACAGUGGUGGCAAGAAGAAAUCGGACGCUAAAUUCGUUUCGCACCACACACACCGUCGGGUUGCAUUGCGUUGCGUUACGUUACGUUGUUGGUUGCUGCGCUGUGGUGAUUGAACUUGAAUGAGAAAUUAUCAACCAAGUAAAAAAUGAAUGGUUUGGAUUCGGCACCGCUGUAAAAGUGAUAACGUUUGUGGGUGUGUGAGUAGGUGCAUUAGUUGCAAGCGCCUUCAAUCCUAGUGUUGCCAAAGUUAGUUUUUUUUCUAAAAAGGAAAUCCGGAUCCACGGUGGAGCACGCGCGAUGGCUUCUUUCAUGCUGGCCUGGCUGCUGGCUAGGACAAUAAUAACAAACUACUAUCUAGUCAUCCUAGUGUCAUCGGUUUUCCUGCUCAAAUUCUCCGAUGCGGAUAUAUUGGUAUAUCAAAAUGAUCAGCUUUUGGAAGAAUUUCGCGAUUUUCCGGCCACCUUCGGUGGCGACAUUCCAGAGAGUGGACUAAAAGUACGAGCCGUCCAGGCGGAACCCGUAGACGGGUGUACUCCACUGGCGGCCCCGCCGGAAAAUAUCAGCUCGAUGAUUGCCAUCGGUGGCGGACCGAGCCGAUUUGCCGUUAUUAUAGCAAGAUAUAAUUGCUCAUUCGAGGAUAAAAUUCGCAAUGCACAGAAUGCCGGCUUUGCAGCAGUUAUCGUUCACAAUGUCGGCAGUAACGAUCUUGAACGUAUGUCGGCUAACCAUGCCGAAGAUAUUGUCAUCCCGUCGGUUUUCAUCGGCGAAAGCAACGGUUUGUUUAUCGUCGAGAACUUUAUGUACCCGCAGAACUAUGCGCUAAUAAUCACCGACGACGUUCCAUUCAAUAUCAACAACAAUUUGAUAAUUCCGUUUGCCAUCGUCGUUGGAAUGUGCUUUAUCAUUAUGAUUUGCUUUAUGAUCAUACGAUGCAUACGGGAGCGUCGCCGUAUGCUACGUCACCGCUUGCCCAACAGUGUGCUGAAGAAGAUUCCGAUCGUGAAGUUUGCCAAAGGAAUGCAGUACGAGACGUGCGCUAUCUGCUUGGAUGAUUACAUCGAUAACGAACGGUUGCGGGUAUUACCGUGCCAUCACGCUUAUCACGUCAAAUGCAUCGAUCCAUGGCUAACGAAAAACCGCCGGGUCUGUCCGAUCUGCAAAAGAAAGGUUUUUGCCCGUGGAGAACGUCGACCACCUCGGCGGCGCUCCUCCACCGAUAGCAUGUCCUCGUCCGAUGCCGACGAAAACACUCCGCUACUGAACGCGACCGACGCUAACCAACCGAACAACAGUACGUCACCUGCUUCGCCAGCCGCAACGGAUAACGAGCAGAAUGGCACGGCGGCGAGACCAGAGCGACGCUCUAACGAUGCCCACGUAGUCAACAUGAUCUCUGACGACGACGAUUUGUUGGACGAUAGCAAUGUCCAUGCAGUGACCAACUCCACACCGAGACAGCUCUUGGGUACUCCUCAACGGCGAUUUAAUCCGUUCGAUCGAGUCGUCCAAUCGCAGAUGUCUGCGGCUAACCAUGGCCGGGAUGCCAACAGCAGCGGUGUUGAUGGAGGCGAUUCACCCUACAGUCCGAUCGGAGAAGAAAACAUGCCCGCUAGUACCUGGAAUCGGUUUGUGAGAAAAAUGCGUUUCUUCCGCCGCAACGAACCCUCUCCGGAGCCGCCAUCGGACGACGACAUCGAGCCGGCCACCGGUGAAACCAGCAUCGCCAACGGUACCGUUAGUGGUCGAAUUUCCAUCAACAGCGCCGUCGCCGCUAGCAAUAACAUCCUCAAUGGUAAUCUCAGCGGAUCGUUCCAUGGCGAGGAUACGACCGACGACGAGAUCGUGGGUGCCAGCUAUCGGGACGAAGCCAAACGCCGACAGAUCCGUUCGGCACCGAAUCUACCCUCGACAAGCGGAAUGGCAUCCGGUAGCGGCGGCGCUGGAGGAGGUGGAGGAGGUCGGCUCGGUGUGGCUGCCCUGCCGAAUGUUAAUUUCAAUCCUAGCCAGUCCGGUCGGGCCAACGCCGGGAGGAGAGCGGGUGGCCCCUCGGGAGGACACUAUCCGGUGUAAAUAGACCCUUAAAAUACUGUGUAUGUACUAUCUAUGACAGGUAAGUCAAGUCCAUAAUCGUCGUUUUUUGAGCAGAAGAUACAGUGAAUUUAAAAGAAUAAAACGCAGCGAUUAGAAGUGAUACAAUAUAGCGCGCGAGAUACGCAAGGAAAAAACAGCUUCCACAUACAUCACCGUGUUUUUCCUGUUAUUUCGCCGAAUGCUACGAGGCAAUAGUGAUAUCUUCAUACGUGAACGGUUUUAUUUCUUUUCUGAAAUCAGCAACUUGUAUUUAGUUUAUUUUUUUUGGUUAUACCUUACAAUAUUCUAUGAGUUGGAAUUAGGGCAGAAAUUUUAGCCUCGUUAAAAUGGAAGAGAUCAUAGAAAUAAAACUUCUAUUUUAUCCUGUAUGAUAACUAAAAUGUGAUUGGAUUUUUAGAAGUCUUACUUUUAAGCGUGUAGUUAUUUAACCAUCAGGAAUUAUCAUUUUUUGAAAGGAAUUAUUAUUACUGAUUAACAAUCUUUGAUAGGUUGAACCUUACUAGACGUAAGGUGAACUACUGAACACUUAUGCAUAAGUCAACCCCAUUAUAUAUUCACCUUGUCGAAGAAUUUCGUCGUAAUAAAAAACAAGGUUAUUGCAAGCAGUUUAGUACACAUUUUUUGUAAACAUAUUACUACUAAAAACUACAUCGUUUAGGCAUAAUUGUGUUGUUUCAGAUUCGCCUAUCGAUUCGAGUAUACAUAUUUACCUGCUAGUAGAGUACCCUGUUUCGUUGUUUUACUUUUCUACCUGCAUUAUUGAAGCUACAACAAUUAAUCGAUCGUUAGUAGAGCAGCUGUAUCAUAUUAGCCAUCUAACCAUAACAAAAUAAUUUACGGAUAAUAAGACAAAAUAUGUAACUGUAACUUGUAACAUCAAACACAGAUGAUCCCCACAGACAACCUAGCGUGUAAGGGCGAACAAAAAAAAAAAAAAGAAUGCAAGCAACUACCUACUGCCAUCUGCAAUGCUGGUGUUGUUUAUACAUAGAUUACCUAUUAUACCUAUAUGUAGUUGUGCACUGAACUGUGGGCAUUGGAACAACAAACAAUGGGUGUAACCCGGACAAAAGUAGUGAGUUUAUUUUUUCCUGUUUUCUUUAUUAGACGCGCAUCAUAGAAAACUACGCAAAAUUACAUAUUUAGUAGGUGAAUAAAAGUGAAAAUUAAACGAAA